AUGUUCAGGUCCAGGUUUUUCAGUACCGGCUUACGAGUACUUAACCAAGCUGGUGGCGUUAAACCAGUCAAGAGUAAAGCUAAGGCCAAAGGUAGUUCAGGGAAAGUUUUGAAUAACGGACCUAGUGGACUGACUAAUGGUAGUACCACUGGAAAAGUAUCACCAUCAGAAUACUUGUCUCAAAUCAAACAACAAGAAGUCGAACAACAACAAUUCAAAUCCUCCCUUUUACAAGGAGAUUACCCUUAUGAACCCAAAAUCAUCAGUAAUGAACCAAUCAAUGUGGAAUUAUUGAAAUAUAAACCAAUCAGAUUACCUAAAACCCAUGGCCAUGAAGUAGCCACCAUCAAAUUCAGAGGUUAUGAAGAAGAUGAUAUUAAAUUGGCAGGUGAGUUUGUUUCUAGAGCUGCCUUCUUCCUAGGUAUACCUGUAAGUUCCAUUAUUAAGGAAAAGACGGAAAAAAGAUUAUAUACCGUGAUAAAGUCCCCUUUUGCUCAAGCUAAAACCAAACAGAAUUUCCAUAGAGUCACUUAUAACUAUAAGGUCAUUGGAUAUGAUGCUAAUGCUGAGGUGGUAGACUUGUGGAUGAGUUAUGUUAACAAAUAUGCUGUGGAAGGGGUCAAAUAUUCAGCCAAGAUUCAUACUAGAGAAUCUCAACUGUUUGUUAAGGAAUUAGAUGAUUUGAAAGAUUUCGCCGUUCCGGAAUCUUAUAAGGAUAGUAAUGAUCCGAUCAUGGAGAGAGUGGAAGAGUUAUUGGCGUCUGACCAGUUUAAGAAACAUUUUUAG